AAAUUACGAUGAAUACUCCAAAUGUGCUAAUUGUACUGCCAAACAUGUGUGUCAUGAAGAACAAGAUAAAUUAAAGGAAAUGCUCGCUGAAAGAUGGUCAAUCUUCUGUAACGGUGACCAACCUGCAAGUUGGCUUGUAAGAAUAUUGCAUGAUGGACUGAAUUACAAUGCCUCGUGUCGAUCUACAUUUAUGAAAACAUUAGAUUCAUGCGUACCUCCCCAGCCUCCAGAGUAUAGCAGCAACGAAACCUAUUUGUCAGGGCUUGCCGAUGCAUAUAGAAUAGUCGGGCAAAACGUAUUCAGCUGUAGCCUGGCUGUUAUUCUCAAGAACAACAUUAUUAAUUGUGACUCAUCAUGGCAAGAUAUCUUAUUAGUUUCCUGGCUGGAAGUCUCGUCAGGAUGGGGCAUGCUAUUUUACAUAGAUAAAGAGGAAAUUCAGGCGUUACAGAAUAUGAGAUGCUAAGAUGGACACAUUCACAGUUGAUAUGGUUGAAAUUCAACAGCAAACAAUUAUCAUUGCCAUGAAAUAAUUUGUAGUUUGUAAUGGAUGAAUCUGAUUUGUUGUCAUUCAGUUUUAUCAUAUUAAAAUAAAACACUUAUACGUA